ACGGUGUCGCAAAAGCGUCGCGAAGGCGUCGGUCCUUGGCGGCCCCAGACCACCUGUAUAAAAGAGAGUGCUGGGGCUUGAGAAGUAGUAUGGAGGCGGUCGAGGAUCUCCGCUGUUGCGGGGGUUCGGGGAAGCGGCUCGCGGGUGCCUCGGGCUGCUGAGCUCUGGCCGCCUGCGUCCCCGCGGCGCGCCCGCACGGCCAUGUUGGCCUCGCGCGUGGCGCGUGCCUCGUGGGGGGUCCUGCGCGUCGCCGCGUGGGCCCCGGGAGCGCGGUCGGGCAAGGGGCGCGCCCGCGAGGCCUUGCUGCCGCCGGCGCCCUGCUGCCUGGGCUGCCUGGCGGAGCGCUGGUGGCUGCGCCCGGCUGCGCUCGGCCUGCGGCUGCCUGGGACCCGCCCGCGGGCCCACUGCUCCGGCGCGGGGAAGGCAGCCCCGGGGCCCGCGGCCGGAGAGGACGCCGCCGCCGAGGCCCGGGGCGGCCGGUGGGGCCCGGCAAGCGCCGCCAGCCCGUAUGAAAACCCAUGGACAAUCCCAAAUAUGUUGUCAAUGACGAGAAUUGGCUUGGCCCCUGUUUUGGGCUAUUUGAUUAUUGAAGAAGAUUUUAAUAUUGCACUAGGAGUAUUUGCUUUAGCUGGGCUAACUGAUUUGUUGGAUGGAUUUAUUGCUCGAAACUGGGCCAAUCAAAAAUCAGCUUUGGGAAGUGCUCUUGAUCCACUUGCUGAUAAAAUACUUAUCAGUAUCUUAUAUGUUAGCUUGACCUAUGCAGAUCUUAUUCCAGUUCCACUUACUUAUAUGAUAAUUUCAAGAGAUGUAAUGUUGAUUGCUGCUGUUUUUUAUGUCAGAUAUCGAACUCUUCCAGCACCGCGAACACUUUCUAAGUAUUUCAAUCCUUGUUAUGCCACUGCUAGGUUAAAACCAACCUUCAUCAGCAAGGUAAACACAGCAGUCCAGUUAAUCUUGGUGGCAGCUUCUUUGGCAGCUCCAGUUUUCAAUUAUGCUGACAGCAUUUAUCUUCAGAUCCUGUGGUGUUUUACAGCUUUCACCACAGCUGCAUCAGCUUACAGUUACUAUCAUUAUGGUCGAAAGACUGUUCAGGUGAUAAAAGGCAGAUGAAAGUCAUCCAUCAUCGUUAGCAAGGAAGCAGAAUACAUCAUCAGUGGCAGGGCCAGAGGAAAUCUACGGGAGUUCCCUUAUUUUGGUGUUCAGCUUGAAAAAGGACUUGUCAGAACAAACCAUGUCAUCAAAAUUUAAGUAAUGUGCAUUGAAAAUAAGCUUGAUCAUGGGCAUAUGCAGAAUUUCCACUGUAUUUUUAAAUACAAAUAAAACUAUAAUUUAGAAUUUUUUUAUCUUAGGUUUCUUGAUUAAUUUAUAAGUAGCAGUUAUUCCAAUUAUUGUCAGUCAUUUUUUAAUACAUUAAUAAAGAAACAGUCUAGAGCAUGGAAACUGAAGAGUUGUCACUUUAAUAGAAUUUAGAUUGCUCACAAAGCACUAGGGAAUAUCUAGGUUUAAAAAUACAUCCUAUGCAACUUGGCUGCACAGUUGUAUGUUUGACUUUUAGGUCUGUGUACACAGUAACAGUACAUGUGGUUAAUAUUUGAUUGUUUAGGAUAUUGAUAAAAAGGUAGCUUAGUUGUGGAUGAAGUAAACUCUUAAAGAGAUUUAAAAUGCAGUAAAAUUUGAAAAUAGAAAGUAUUGAAGUUUAUGUUCAGAAGUCUUCCAACCUCUCAGGGGCCUAAUAGUUUAUGCAUAAUAAACUAUUAGGAUAAUAAGUGACAAAGGUAGUUGGAAAAUGAAAACAUCUGUUGCCCUAGCCAUCCAAGAGGCAGUGAGUUACAUCAUGCCUUCCCACUAUAUCUCUAACAUAACAAUGUUUGUAUGAUAUGGGGACCUGUACUCAUGUGUUAUGUAAAUAAUAUGAAACUGUAUAUUUUUCAAAAGUUUUUUUAAACUUUGGGAAAUCUUCUUUUGUUAAGAUGUUAAAAAAGGAAUAAAAGAGCUGGAAAAAAGUGAC